GUCUAUAAUUAUUACAAAUAUCUGAUGUAAACUUUCAUUGAUGUAUUUCGACGAAUUUCAACCGUAAAUUUGAUAUUUAUUCGAUUGCAUAAGAUGAGGAUUGGUCCGAAGACCUAUUUUGUGUCGUGUGUGGUGUUAUUUAUUGGGAUUUUAACUUACUUUGCUGCGUCGACAAACGACAAGAAAAAUUCUUUAAGUGUUCCAAAUGCUUAUCUCUUCAUAUCAACUAUCGACGGAACUAUGUACGCCGUACAAAAGAAAACGGGAAUUGUGAAAUGGUCUUUUAAAGAAGAUCCAGUGUUGCAUUCAUCGUUUCCAAUCAGACCUGGCUCGGUGUUUUUACCAGAUCCACAUGAUGGUAGUUUGUAUGCAUUCGGUGGUGCCGUACAAGAUGGCCUGAAGAAAUUACCAUUCACCAUCCCGGAGCUUGUUCAAGCAUCACCUUGUCGAAGUUCAGAUGGAAUGAUGUAUAUUGGACGUAAAUCAGAUGUCUGGUAUGCCAUUGACCCGGAGACUGGACUCAAACUACAAACAUUAUCCGUGGACAGCUCACAAACUGUCUGUCCAAGUAUGACCAGUGGAAAGGCUCCCAUAUUUCUUGGACGUUCUGAGUACACGGUCACGAUGUAUGAUGCAAAGACCAGAGAGAAAAGAUGGAACACUACGUAUUUUGAUUAUUCUGCGGCUGUUGUCGACGAUAUUGACUACGAUAUGUUUCAUUUUGCAUCCAGUUCGGAUGGAAUGGUUUUGUCAAUGGAACUUGAUUCAGGAAAAAUUCACUGGGAGAAGAAAUUCGAUUCGCCUGUUGUGGGUAUUUAUAAAUGGGAUGGCGAUAGUCUUAUGAAAGUUCCUGUCACUCAUAUUGCUAAAGACACUUUACUAAAACUCACAGAUAAUUUGACAAAAGCAAAUACUUCUGGUGAUAAAUUCAUUGACUCCGGGGAACUCUAUUUUGAUUCUACACUUUACGUGGGAAAACACCAAGGAAAACUGUAUGCCUUACCAUCAGUUAUCGAGGAAGGAACCCAAUUAAUUGAACCAAAAGUUCCGUUGAUUGGCGGUCCUCGAGAUGUCGCUGCAAAGCCAAGCCAAUCCGGGCAACAUCUUGGUCAUACUUAUAAAAUUGUCAUUGGUGGAAAGGAUAACACGUUGAAGAAACAGAAGCAGAAUAAAACAACACAAAAGUUAGAAGAGCAGAAAGGAACGAAGAAGGAUCAAGCUAAAACACAAGGUGUUCCUAACAAAACACCAGUUGCUGUGGGUCAUCAUAAAGUCCCUCCUGUUGAUACACCAAGAUUUCGAAUCACACAUGUUGCUGAUCCAUUUAUCCCUAAUCAACGAAGCGCCAGUUACGAAGAUGAAGAAGAAGACGACGAUGAUUUUGAAUAUGAAAAUGAUGAUUAUAACUUAAAAGAAGGCGAAGGAAGGGCGACAAUGUCACAGGAGCAGGUCAUGGAAAUGCUCAAGAUGCACGAGCGAUUGCUGUAUACAAUCUUGGCAACAAUUGGCAUCCCUCUCAUUCUUUUUAUUUUGUUGUACAUAGAGAAACGCCAUGGUUCAAAUGUUUCUAUAGAAGCGUCUGCAAAACCAACUGGUGCUCAACUUUAUGUUCCUGCUGAGUCUUUCACCUACAGCAGUGCUAGUGAAGACGAUGCAUCAAAUGGAGUCAUUGUCGUCGGCAAAAUAUCUUACAAUCCUAAAGAUCUGUUGGGAAGGGGGUGUGAAGGGACUGCUGUGUACAGAGGUAAAUUUGAGAAUCGCAGCGUUGCUGUCAAACGAAUAUUACCAGAUUGCUUCAGUUUUGCAGAUAACGAGGUUGCCUUGCUUCGAGAAUCGGAUGAACACCCAAAUGUUAUUCGCUAUUUCUGCACAGAAGAAACGCCUCAAUUUCGUUACAUCGCCAUAGAACUUUGUGCAGCUACCGUUCAGGAAUAUGUAGAAGAUUCAUCUUUUGACCGUCACGGAUUACAACCUCUGGAGUUAAUAGAACAAACUAUGUUAGGAUUAAGUCAUCUUCAUUCAUUGAAUAUUGUGCACCGCGACAUAAAACCUCACAACAUUCUCAUCUCAAAGCCAAAUUCCAAAGGCGAAGUGAAAGCGCUCCUGUCUGAUUUCGGUCUUUGUAAGAAGCUAGCUCAUGGCCGUCAUUCGUUAACGUCACAGUCCGGAGCAAUAGGAACGGAUGGUUGGAUUGCACCAGAAAUGUUUCGACCUGAAUGUAAAAUGACAAGGGCAGUGGACAUAUUUUCAUCUGGAUGUAUAUUUUACUACAUUUUGUCUGGAGGUCUUCAUCCAUUCGGCGAUCGUUUUAAACAACAAGGAAACAUCAUCAAUGGCGAUUUUGACCUUGAUAUGAUUAAAGAAUGCGAAAUUUCUAAAGAACUCAUUCGGCAAAUGAUCGACAGCGAUGCUUAUAAACGACCAAGUGUUCACGAUAUUUUAAAACAUCCGUUUUUCUGGUCGAGGGCAAAACAACUUGCGUUCUUACAAGAUGUCAGUGACAGGAUCGAGAAAGAGGAUCCUGAAACAUCAUCUUUGUUGCAAGAUCUAGAAAAAGACUCCAUACGAGUAGUACGAGGGGAUUGGAAUGUUCAUUUAGGGAUGGAGUUACGCGGAGAUCUUCGACGAUUUCGAAGUUAUCGUGGCGAGCUUGUUAGAGAUUUACUCAGGGCCAUUCGUAAUAAGAAACAUCAUUAUCGAGAAUUACCGGAAAACGUUCGUAGGUCACUCGGCAGCAUUCCGGAUGGUUACGUAAGAUAUUUUACGACUCGUUUCCCGCGCUUAAUAAUGCAUACCUAUGACGUUUUGAAGCCAUACAAACACGAAGCUAUGUUCAAUACAUAUUACGACCUCAGGUCGGACUCUGCUGGCAAUGUGAAGUUAAAGAACGAGGUUUUCUCCACUAAAUAAUACACAAUAUGUCAAUUUUAAUGUCCACGGUGACUGAAGCCCAUCCACGCAUUUCACCAUCAAGGAAAGCUCCAAGCGUUAUUUAACAAAGAUGAUUAUUUAUAAAAGCAAUGAUGGUUACAAAUAUCUUUCAAAGAAUACUUGUCCAAAGAAAUGAUAGAUGAAUCAUAUAGAGGUUUCUCACAAACUCUCUGCUAAAUAAAGGUCGCAGAAUAAUGCAAGAAGUGAGAGAAAAAACGCUUGGCUUUUUAGUCGUUCAGAUGAAUCAUUUGGAGGCUGCUCACAAACUCUCUGGUAAAUAAUAGUCGCAGAAUAUUGCAAGAAGUGAGAGAAAAAACUCUCGGCCUUUUUAGUCGUUCAGAUGGAUCAUUUGGAGGCUGCUCACAAACUCUCUGGUAAAUAAUAGUCGCAGAAUAUUGCAAGAAGUGAGAGAAAAACGCUCGGCCUUUUAGUCGUUCAGAUGGAUCAUUUGGAGGCUGCUCACAAACUCUCUGCUAAAUAAAGGUCGCAGAAUAUUGCAAGAAGUGAGAGAAAAAACGCUCGGCCUUUUUAGUCGUUCAGAUGAAUCAUUUGGAAGCUGCUCACAAACUCUCUGGUAAAUAAUAGUCGCAGAAUAUUGCAAGAAGUGAGAGAAAAACGCUCGGCCUUUUAGUCGUUCAGAUGGAUCAUUUGGAGGCUGCUCACAAACUCUCUGCUAAAUAAAGGUCGCAGAAUAUUGCAAGAAGUGAGAAAAACGCUCGGCCUUUUAGUCGUUCAGAUGAAUCAUUUGGAAGCUGCUCACAAACUCUCUGGUAAAUAAUAGUCGCAGAAUAUUGCAAGAAGUGAGAGAAAAAACGCUCGGCCUUUUUAGUCGUUCAGAUGGAUCAUUUGGAGGCUGCUCACAAACUCUCUGGUAAAUAAUAGUCGCAGAAUAUUGCAAGAAGUGAGAGAAAAAACACUCCGCCUUUAUAGUCGUUCAGAUGGUUCAUUUGGAGGCUGCUCACAAACUCUCUUGCAAAUAAAUGUCGAUGAACAUUGCAAGAAGAGAGAGAAAAAAUCGUUCGUGUAAUAUAUUUUAAUGCGCUAGCAGUGUAGAUUUAUUUUUAGAUCGCCUUAAAAAUCCUGCUGUAAACUUGAAAUAUUUUUUAUGUAAAUACGAUAUUUUAGUCACACAAGUUACUGUACUUCAAUGCAUUCAUGAUUCAAACUUCCUAAAGUUGCGUCAAUAUAUUUUGUAAUGUAUUUAGCAUAA